UACAAGGAAUCCGGCUAGUGAUGAAAACACUCGGAGCAGGGUUUCACCAACCAGUGGACGAAAUCCACAGCCUUUCUAUGGCAGAACAUCAAAAACUUGUUUUCCACAAUUUAGGCCUAGCAGAUUUUGCGAAACACUACAAUUUCGAGGUAAUCGACACGUUUAACGUUACUGUUGCCCGUUAUAAGGACUUUGUACAAGGUAAAUGUGCCUGCCACUUUCAUAAGGUGGUUGAAUCAGAGAAAGAAUUCAAUCCUAUGAAGAGACAGUCCCGCUUUCAUGUUGAAGGUACGAUCAACGCCAUCUACAGUGAGAUUUUGCUGAGUAGACUUUGUAGCAAUUUUUUUCCGAAGCGGUGAUGAGUUUAAGACAAUAUUAGACUAAGAUAUUGUCCGGUUGGCAAACAACAAUAUAUAACUGAUUAAGACAAUAAUAACGUAGUGGCUUUUGUCACUGUGAACAAUUAUUGCGUUCAAAUGAUUUGUUGAGCUCGAGAAGAUAAACUAGCAAGACGAGGCAACGUCAAACAAUAACACGUAAUGAUAAAUAUAUAUAAACGUACGUUACAAUAUCAUAAAAGUGUUGUGCUUCGUUGAGUAGUGUAUUCAUGCGAGAAGAAAAGUAGAACUGGGUAAUUCUUCGUAUAAGUUGUUUAAUUAAUGUAACUUAAUUCGUAGAAUAGUUUUAACAAACUAUGAUUCGACUUCUCUGCUACAUAUUUCAAAUAUCCUGAGAUGGAAUCACCAGUCAGCAUAGAGCUGAAGAGCUUGUUGUCGUCUGCUAAUAAAGCGUCAUCUAGUGUUUAUAUCUGUAAAUACCUAAUUCUUACGAUGGAUACUGAUUAAACUGACAAACUUUUUCGUGGAACAUAACCAACUGAGAUAGUGUUUAUAAUAUUUCUUCUUUGGAAUGCCCUGACAAAUUUAUAUAACUUAUCUUAUUUUUAUUUUUUACCGCCAGGGUCGCUAUAUUUUUCUAUUUUCUAAAAACUACUAUUAUUUAACAUUAGAUA